CCAUGUGCUAAUACGUAUCCCUCUCAGUUUAGCAUUUUCUUCUUUUUCUUUCGGUAGACAAGUGUAGCAGUUUCAUCAGAGGGUCGUGUUCCUUUGAGAUCUCUUCAAUUCCGAAUCCACCACUACCUAGAUGUAAUUCUCUGCUUCUGAAUUUGCAAUUGGAUUUGGACACAAAAAAAAAUUGAGAUCGGAGAAAAUUGUCCGGUCGUUUUGGGGGGAACAUGAUAACAAGGUCUAAACUGGUGGAGCAGCUCAGAGAUUACCAGAUCCGAUCUCAACACAAGUGCCCCCCUCUUUCUUUCUUUUCCCCUAAGCCUCUUCUCUCAAACUGGGCUGAUGUUGCUGUUGCUGUGUUCUACACCUUGCUAUUUGCUGUGCUUAUAGUAUCAUCGUAUCUCACCCUCUAUUUGCAACAUUACUGGAGUUCCUUUCUCAUCAUAGGCCUUGCCAUUUCCCUUCCAGUUCGCUUGAGAAUUUUAAGACAGGCUCAUGCAAGAAAGAGAGUAAGACAAUUACCUUUGUCUAUGUGAACUUCCAUCUGCAGCUUCAAGUGCCAAACAGCAGUUUAAGUGAAAGGAAUACCUCUUGCACAGAAUUGCACUCCUAUUGUAGAAAUACAAUUUUUUUGACCUUCGUCACAUAUGCUGACCGAGCUUCUGCUGUGAAAGAUGGGUGUAACAUCUUUGUAUUCCUCUUGAUGAUCCAUCCUUGAAGAAGUAUUAUUAGACGAUGAAUUAGUUCCCUGUGAAAUGAAGAAGCGGAGUUCAGAGUUCAAGGUUUCAGAAAUUUUAAUAUUUCUUGCUUUGUUGUAAACUAAACUUGUUGGGAAAUAAAGAUGCUCAAUUCUGGAUAAUUUCCAAGCAGGUGUUACUGCUGAUUGUAGUAAUCUUUGAGGCGUAUGUAGAGUUUAACAAAUCAUAUCCGAAUGACCAGAUAUAUUAGCAGUUGAAUGGUUGAAAUGAUUUUGGUUCAGGACUACUUUACUGAACCGUAUAGGAAAGUUGAGUUCUGUAAGAGAAAUAGUAUUUGUAUUUUUCAUUAA